UUUUUUCGAGUUUUAGGAGUGGGAGGUCUUAGUAUGGUGUUGGCGGGAGGAACAAGCAGCGCCGUGUUUACCGCCAAAACAUUCUGAAGGUUCAAGUGGUUCCUAUUAUCGGAUGUUGAGUGAUUUUUAUUGAUUGUUUCAACAUUUUUACCAUGCCAGGUGUAGCAGAAGCACACACGAUACCAGAAGAUGUUCGUGAAAAAAUUCACGAACUUCAGGGAAUGUACAAGGAGGAAGAACUUACACAAAAAGGUUAUGCCAAGCGACUGCGGUUACUGCUUAGCAGUCAUUUGAUGGAAACUGAUCAGGAGAGCAUUUCACAGUUGGAAAAUGAACUCAGUGAGGGAGACAUUACUGAGAAAGGAUUCUUCAAAAAAUUGGAGAAAGUACUCGAGUCGUUUUUAAAGUUAGCAGCAGCAAGUGAUGAGAUGAUCACUGGCAAAACACAUACAAAAUCAAAUGGCUCAACUUCUCUGAAGGAAACGCUUUCUGUGUUUGCUAAUAAAGAAAAUUACAAAAAUGUUGAGAAUGGUGAUGAGGCAAAACCUGUCUGUGGAGUUGAGAAUCAUGGAGGAGAAACGAGUAAAACAAACAACAGAGUUGAACAAGAAUCGAGCCCCAUGAAGGAAUUAGAAAAGAAAUGGGAGGUUGAAGAUAUGGAAGAAGAUACGAGCCCAUCCAUGCAAAUGAAGACAAAGAUCACUGGAGGUUCUCAGACUCGAAGGCGAAGUUCCCAGAAUGGGAGAGGUACACAGAAGUCUGUAGCUGACUUGUUUUCAUCUAUUAACAGUAAGCGCAAGUGUGAGCAACCUAAUAUAAUGGAAGAAGUAAAAGAACCAACAGAAGUAGAUGAACCUGAUGAGAAAAGGCAGAAAGUUGGAAUUAAACAGAACGUUGAAGACCAACCACAAAGCAUUCCCCAGCCCGCUGAAGGUUUGUGGAGUCGUUGUGAAGUGUGUCGGCAGCACCUAGAUAGUCCUGACCUUCUCCUCUUCCCGGGACACCCAGAAGGUGCAGUGGAAGAAUUUAUUGCACUCACUAACCCCAAGCUCUCACUUUUUACUGGAGAGGAAGAAACUAUUAAUGAAUAUGAUGAAAGGCCACAGCAUAAGAUCACUGGUUUUAAUGUGUAUGACAAAAAAGGUCACCUUUGUCCAUUUGAUGGAGGUCUUAUUGAGCGCAAUGUUCUGCUCUACUUCUCUGGUUAUGUUAAACCCAUAUAUGAUGAGGAUCCAUCAGUUGACGGUGGAAUUCCCGCAAAAGAAUUGGGUCCCAUCAAUGAAUGGUGGAUUUCUGGCUUUGAUGGAGGUGAAAAAGCCUUGAUAGGAUUCUCUACUGCUUAUGCGGAAUACAUCCUCAUGAAUCCAAGUGAUGUCUUUGCCCCGUUUGUUGAUGCUGUGCGGGAGAAGAUUUAUCUUAGCAAAGUUGUGAUUGAGUUUUUGGCUAGCAACGAUGAUGCUUCCUAUGAAGAUUUGUUGAACAAGCUGGAGACAACUGUGCCCCCAAGUGGCAUAUCUGUUUUAUCUGAAGAUACACUACUAAGACAUGCACAAUUCAUUUGUGAUCAGGUUCACAAUUUUGACUCCGCUGGAGAUGAAGAAGGAGACAACAUGUUGAUAGCCUCAUCUUGUGUUCGAUCACUCAUCAGAUUAUCUGGUGUUAUUUUAGGCAAGAGGCGAGCCUUAAGACGUACUGGUCCAAAACUCAAAGUUGUUAAAAUGCCAAAAUGGACCAAAGCAACCACUACACCACUAGUAAAAAACUUGUUUGAAUCCUUUUUCUCCGGGCAAAUUGAAACUGAUACAGUGAAUCUACCUGCUCACCGAAGACUACGAUGUGGUGUUUGUGAAGCUUGCCAAAAACAAGACUGUGGACAAUGUAUUAAUUGUAAGGACCUGGUAAAGUUUGGUGGAUCUGGGAAGUCAAAACAGUGCUGCAAGGAACGCAGAUGUCCAAACAUGGUUGUGGCAGAAGCUGAUGAUGAUGAUGACCAUGAGGAUCUUGAUGGUAUUACACUUGGAGAAGUAACGCCAUCUAAACCCAAGUUACAUCGUAUACGAAAACACACACAUCGCAUAUCUUGGAUUGGGGAUCCCAUCAUCAAAGAGGGGAAGAGAACUUAUUACAAGUCAGUGAUGAUUGAGGAUGAGGAAUUCCACAUUAAUGACAACGUUAUGGUUGAACCAGAUGACUCAAAGAUCCCAGUAUUCAUAGCUCGCAUCAACCACAUGUGGGAGAAUGGAAGUGGAGAAAAGUACUUCCAUGCUGACUGGUACUGUAGAGGGAGUGACACAAUUCUUGGUGAAACUGCUGACCCCUUAGAACUCUUCAUUAGUGAUGACUGUGAAGAUACUCUUCUAGAUUCUAUUAUGAAAAAGGUCACAGUGGUUUAUUAUGAACCACCAUCCAAUUGGAAAGAUCUAGGAGGAGUGACAGACCCAGAGGUGUACUACCCAGUGAAGACGGAUGAUGGCAGUCAGUAUUGGUAUCAGAAGAUGUACCACCCCCAGUAUGGCCGCAUUGAAGAUAUUCCAACAGAUGAAGAUAUACCCAAGGAGAGCGUCAAGCACCGCUACUGCGUUUCUUGUGCUCGAAUAAAAAAAGCAGAGCUGCGAGAAAUGUGUGUAAUGGGUAAAAAGGUGGAGAGUGAGGCUGCACAGGAUCAGAACUGUUAUGUAUCAUUAUGUUACUUGGGCAAUGAUUAUGCUGUUGGAGAUUGCCUCUUUGUGAAUCCAGGUGCAUUUGAUUUCAGGGUUAAACCAGCUCCACCUCCCCAAAAAGAAGAGAAGAGGAAGAAUGUGGAUGAAGAAAUGUACCCAGAAUACUAUAGGAAAUCAUCAGAUCGUGUGAAAGGGUCCAAUGAGUCAACACCAGAACCAUUUAGAAUUGCAAGAAUUCUCAGCAUUUCUCCAAAAUUAUCAGGAACAGUAUUGAGUCCCAGUGAUGUUUCUGUUAAGGUAAACAAGUUUUAUCGCCCAGAGAAUACUCACCGUGGUAUUUGUGCUUCCUACCAGGCAGAAUUAAAUCAACUUUAUUGGAGUGAUGAAGAGACUUAUAUAACCUUUGGUGAGGUGGCUGGCAAAUGUUUUGUGUCUUACCUGGAAAAUCUAGGAAACAAGACAGUAGAUGACCACAUGAAUGAAGGGCCAAAUAGGUUCUUCUUUGCACAGGCAUAUAAUGCAAAGGAGAAGUCAUUUACAGAACCUCCAGCUAGAGCUCAGGCAAUGGGAGGCAUAGGCAAGGGCAAAGGAAAGGGCAAAGGAAAGGGCAAAGGAAAAAGUUCAGAUGACUCAAGUGAGAGGAACACCUUCCAAGGCUUUGAAGAGUAUCCACCAGUAUCACGCAAACUGCAGACUCUUGAUGUCUUUGCUGGUGUUGGAGGUCUUUCAGAGGGUUUCCAUCAGGCUGGAAUAAGUGAAGCAAAAUGGGCAGUUGAGGUAUUUGAGCCAGCUGCACGGGCUUAUAAACUCAAUAAUCCAAAUGCUACAGUCUUCUCUGAUGACUGUAAUCUUCUUCUCAAGAUGGUUAUGGAGAACGAGAAUAUGAACAGCAAAGGUCAGCGCCUGCCUCAGAAGGGUGAUGUAGAGAUGCUUUGUGGUGGUCCACCUUGCCAGGGAUUCUCCGGAAUGAAUAGAUUCAACUCUCGCCAGUAUUCACAGUUCAAGAAUUCCCUUGUAGCCUCAUAUCUAUCCUUCUGUGAUUACUACCGUCCAAGGUUCUUCCUUCUUGAAAAUGUACGCAACUUUGUAUCAUACAAAUGUAACAUGGUCCUCAAACUGACAAUGCGGGUAUUGGUGAAGAUGGGCUACCAGUGUACCUUUGGAGUCCUUCAAGCAGGAAACUAUGGUGUAGCACAGACCCGCAGAAGAGCGAUUAUUUUGGCAGCUGCCCCAGGAGAGAAAUUGCCAUUUUAUCCAGAACCUACCCAUACAUUUUCUCGAAGAGCAUGUCAGCUGUCUGUUGUUGCAGAUAAUAAGAAGUAUGUCACCAAUGUUCAGUGGGUAGAGUCUGCACCACUACGCACAAUAACCGCAAGAGAUACUAUGUCAGACCUGCCAGAGAUACGCAAUGGACACCGUAAAGAAGAAAUGAACUAUGGCUCAGAACCUGAGUCUCACUUCCAACGUUUGAUCCGAGGCAAACAGCAUCAACCACUUCUCCGGGACCAUAUAUGUAAAGACAUGGCACCAUUGGUUGAAGCGCGCAUAAGACACAUCCCCACAGCUCCUGGAUCAGAUUGGCGUGACCUCCCUAAUAUUGUUGUUCGCUUAUCAGAUGGGAAGGAAGCCAAAAAAUUGCAGUAUACUCAUCCAGACAAAAAACAAGGUAGAUCAUCAACUGGGGCACUUCGUGGUGUUUGCUUAUGUGCUACUGGCAGGAGUUGUGAUCCCAUGGACAAACAGUUCAACACACUUAUCCCAUGGUGUCUGCCUCAUACUGGCAAUCGUCACAAUCACUGGGCUGGACUAUAUGGGCGGAUUGAAUGGGAUGGAUAUUUCUCCACAACAGUCACAAAUCCUGAACCAAUGGGGAAGCAGGGACGUGUCUUGCAUCCAGAACAAACACGUGUGGUGAGUGUUCGUGAAUGUGCACGGUCACAGGGCUUUCCAGAUACCUACCGAUUCUAUGGAUCCACCACGGAAAAGCAUAGACAGAUUGGAAACGCAGUGCCACCACCAAUGGCACGUGCAAUAGGACUAGAAAUUCGAAACUGUUUAGGAGCAAAGGAAAGGAAUUCUGAAAAGUUUGGAGUUGUAAAACUGGAUGUAGAAUAAUGGUAUCAAGUUGGGGAUAACAUGUAUAUCAUAAUUUCUUCUUUUAUUAGAAAUCUAAAAUUUAGUUCAGUUCUGUAUUAUCUUGUAUUGAGGAGAAAUAUUUAGGGUACAGUACUUUAGUGUUAAAAUUUUUAUGACCUGUUUAGAUUUUUAUGAUAGUAUUUUUUAUGAAUAUAUAUUUUAGGCUCGAGUUUUAUAAAUUCCUAAACAUAAACCUGCAUGCCAUACUGUAUAUAGUGAGGAGUCAAUUAAAGUAUUAUAUUAUUAUAAAUUAAGU